AUGAAAGAUCUUUGGGGGAAUCUCGAUCUCGACAAAGCCGCCCUCCAAAACCGUUUUAUCUUCAUCGAUGGCUUAACAUCCCUCUAUCUACCACCUUCCUCAUCUCCCACUCCCUCCUCUACAUCACAAAAUGGCUUUAUCCUUACCGACCCCUCCUUACCCUAUAUAUCUCAAAUCCUCACUAAAGCCAUAACCACCCUCUCUUCCUCGUCCUCCUCCUCCAAAACCAUCCUCAUACUCGACUCUCCCUCCCUCCUCCUAGCCACUUCCCCCUCCCCCACCACCACCCUCCCCCACCUCACAACCCUCCUCCAUCAGCUCCGCACCCUUGUGCACGCCACCAUCAUCACCCUCCCUAUCGAUACUCCUUUUCUCCACCAUUCCCCCUCCUCUUCCUCACCCUCUUCACAAACCUCAUCUACACCCACACCCCUCCAAACCACUUCCUCCACCUUCCUCACCUCUCUCGCCCAUAAUUCCGAUCUUAUACUCAGUACGCGAUUACUUGAUACCGGGGCUGCGAGGGAUGUUAGUGGGGUUUUACGGAUUACUGCUGGGGGUGAUGGUGGUGGUGAUGGUGGUGGUGGGAAUGGAGGGGAAAUAGAGGAAAAGGAAUUACUUUAUUAUGUAUCAGGGGAUGGGAGUGUGAGGGUAUUUGAACGGGGUCAAUAG